AUGCAUCUGUUUUGCACCUGCGUCCUAUCCUUCUCCCUGCUGAUGGCGUCCCCCCUGGUGAGUGCCACUGUGUCAAGCAGCUUCAGAGACUGCAGCCAUUUUUUCUACAUGCAGACACCACCUGCUGGGAUCAGAGGAACCAGCCUGAGGAAGAUCUGCCAGAAGUAUGAAGACAAACUGCGCUACGCCACAUUGUAUGACAACAGUCGCCGCCUCCCCCUCUACUCAGCCUACAUCUUUAAGAAGUCUGAUGGGAAGAGGAGGAUGGACACACCCUGGAUGUAUGAGCCUCAGUUGCUUUCUGACGAUGAGAGUGGAAACAUGAGAGCACUUCCCCUUGCUGAAGACACCCCCCCUCGGAUUGAAGACAGCCAGGCUGUGUUGGAGGACUACACAGAUGCUGUAGAGUACAGACGUGGAACACUGAAUCCUGACUUGCACCAAGCAGAGCCAGAUGACAAAUCCUCCACCUAUACCCUGACCAAUGUAGUCCCAUUAAUCACAAACUUCCUUGAUACCUCCUGGAACCCAUACUUGGACAUCAUUCGCCGGCGCCUCAAUAACUUCUGCCACGGGACAUCUUUCAUGGUGACAGGGGUGACUGUUUCAGGGGCAGUCAUCCAGCGAGAUAACAGGGACCGCCUAGCAAUCCCAAAACACUUAUGGCUGGCCUACUGCUGCCCACGGUUUGACCGCAACUCACCAUAUGAGGGGACCCAGGCAGGAGUGGUGGGGGACUUUAACCAUGCGGAACGCUGUAAGGACUCUCUGUACAUGGGUACUCCACCUCGAGGCUACCUUGGUGACUCCUUUAAGCGGAUCUGCCAGCGGUAUGGGGAUAAACCCCACUAUGUCACGCUGUAUGACCCCCACAAACACAUCCCGUUCUAUUCUGCUUAUACAUUCAAGAAGUCAGAUGGGGAGAAGAGGGUGGACUUCCCUUGGAUGUAUGAGCCUCAGUUAGCUUCAGAAAAAAGCAGCAGUAACAUGGAGCCCUUCCCACAGUCUUCAAGCAUGCAUAUGAACUUUGAGGACACCCAAGCAGUCCUAGAGGACUACGCUGAUGUGGUUCAGUAUGAACGUGGCCAACUAAAUCCUGAUGAGCAUCAGGCUGACCCUCUAGACAAAGCCGCCACCUACAGCUUGACGAAUGUGGUACCUCAGAUCAGGGAGUUCAACUUGGGUCCCUGGGCAGAACACCAGGACCUCAUCCGCAAACGCCUCAACAACUACUGCCGUGGCAAAGCCUUCGUGGUCACUGGGGUCACCACCUCCGGGCACACAAUCCGUCGCAACAAUCUGGACCGGGUGGCUGUACCAGAAUACAUGUGGUCUGCCUACUGCUGCACUGCAUUUGACCAAAAUGCCCCAUAUUUUGUGCGCUACAAGUUCCCUGUGUUUGGAGCCUAUGGGCUGAACGAUCGUGUCAACAACCACAUGGUGGAAGUACCUCUCAAGAACCUGGAGAAGUUCCUCAAAGGGAGGAUGAAUGUGGACAAGAACUUCCAGAUUUUCUAUAAUGACUGUGUGCCUGAUAACUAAAAUAAAAUGGGUGUGAUCUCUCUUAUAAUGAAAGAUUACAAUGUAUUA